UUUCCUUCUAUUCUUUUACUUUGUUUCUUUGAUCUCUGGUGCAAUAUUGACUCUAUACAACUGAGAACAUUGCUAUACCCACAAGCACCAAUACUUGUGGCCUCCAGGCACAUGCGGAACACACUCUAGUUGUUCAUCAGGUGGUCCUCACAUUGUAGAUGACUCCUGGUUGGUCAACUCAUCAGGUGGGCCACACAUGUAUGGAAAUGAUGGACAGUUAACAAAUUGUCAAUGGUUGACGUUUAAUGUAUAUGUGUGGUACGGGUGGUAAUAAGACCGGUCUUUUUCUUCUUUUUUUUUUUGAGCCAGGUCAUCUAUGUAGUGGGGCCCACCUGAUUCAUGGAUUGUAUGUUCCAAUAGUGCAAGUGGGGUUGAGUCGAACUUCUUAACUAAUCUCGGUUUCUUUGUUUGAGUUUGAUGCUGACAAUCAAUUUUUAUAUUUGUGGAGAGAAACACCAUACCCCAUAUUAUGGAGAGCACAUGGUUCAAGAAAGGCUAUAAGCCUGCUAAAUUCAAAAAGCUGAAGAAUGUCGAUUCGAGCGAUAUUGAUUUACUAUUUGGCACUUCAAAUGAUUGCACAGUAUCAGACCAAAAGGAAGAAAAGGACAGGAGGCCAUCAUUUUUGAACGCAUUCGAUAUUAUUUCACCAUCUGAAGGACUGAAUCUUUCUGGACUCUUUGAAAAAGAACAGGGUGUAAGACGAGAGAUGAGGUUCACUUUGAGAUGUUCAGCAUCUGAAAUCAUGGCGAAGAUGGAAGAAAGUGCGAAGCCACUAGGUUUUAGUGUCAAGAGGUGUGAUUACAAGGUGAAGAUGAGGCAAGAAGGACGUGACUUGGGUCGGAAAGGACAUCUCACUAUCUCUACAGAGGUUUUCGAAGUCUCGCCUUUGUUAUCCGUGGUCGAAAUGAAAAAAGCAAGAGGUGACACACUUGAGUUUGAUAGGGUCGAAGCAUUUAGUGCCAUUGGAAGAGCAAAAGUUGUACUCUUAGCCAUCGGGAGUGUAUCUACUGGAAGAGCAAUGGGUGAAAUCCCAAUCACCAGAAGUGCAACUAGAUCUUUUGUUAGUCAUUGAAGUGGCAAUGGUUCAUAUCGUAGAAGCAUUGUUUGAGGAUUUCCAAUCAGAUUUUCAAGGCAACAGAAGGACGAAAAAUGCAGUGGCCACUCAGCAGUUUCAAAUUCUACUCUUCCCCUGUUCAGCAGGUAGGCCCCACUGUGUAUCCUGCAUGGUCUGAAAUGAAAAGCGCAAAGUAGAAGGAAUUGACCAACAACGCAUAUCAACAUGUAUAUGCUCGCUGGCUACUAGACAAAUGAUGGCGCCGACUUGAUGAAUGGCUUAGAUCUUGCACCCACAUGCAUGUUGGCGGAUUCGAUGUCCAACUCUCACAGGGAGUCUUGGUAGGGUCAGGCAGGAAACAUUCGCCUGCUACAUGCCGAGGGGUCUCCUCCUGUCUCGAUUUUCAUGCAUCAUAAAUUCUAUUGUCAUGUAAAGAAAACCCAAAUUUAGAAAACAAUCCGAUCCAAUAAAAUCUUGUUUUUGGUGUGUUCUUCCUCAUAGCUUAAAAUCUGUAUUGAAUAAUCAUGGAAAUAAUCCAGUCAACUUGAAUCAGUUGUGG